AUGUUUACUCCGCAGAAUCAGAAGAAGCUUGUGAAUGUAUGUGUAAUUGCUCUGAAGAAGUAUGGGCGAAGAUAUGAGCUUGCAGUGUAUCCAAACAAGCUUUAUGAGUACAGGAACGGAAUAACUACAUGUAUUAACGAGAUUGUGCAGAGUUCUACGGUUUACAAGAAUGUUUCUAAGGGGGAGAUUGCAGCACAAGAUGAUCUGAGCAUGUUUGGGAAAUCCCACGAUGAGAUAGUGAAGGAGAUAUUAGACAAUGGGCAUGAACAGAAGAAUGAAGCAACAAGGAUGUAUGAGCAAGAACGAACUGAACGGGAGAUUCUUGAGAUUGUGGGAAGAAAGGUUACAAAAGAUGGAAAGCAUGUGAAUAUGAAUGUAUUGAGAGAUGCAAUGAGCAAGGUACAUAAUGUGCAUAUUGGAGAUAGUAAGAAGCAAUCGCAAGAAGUUGUUGCAAAGCUGGAAAGAAUUGGAUAUGAAAGAGUAGGAAUGAGAAUUGCAGUUGAUCUUAACAAUAGCAGCAUAAGACGAUUUGUGGAUCAGAAUGGGGAAGUGAAUGAUGCUUAUGUAAUACUGCGAAGCAAUUAUUUUCCAGCUUUUAAGAGAAUAUGUGACAGUGAGAGUGUGAAGUACAUUGUUGUUAGGAAUGAGGAUCCAGAUGAUGAAGAGAUCUGUUAG